GACCUGUUACACCUAAGUACAUACUUAUUCCCGGGUCUCCGAUCAAUAGUUCCCGUUCAUCCCGUUUUUGCACUGCGCAUGCGUCGUCCGCCAUCUUUGUAUAUCCAAAAUAUUCAGAACAGAGGGCAUGCAAAAGAAUUUGAAAACAAAAGACUGGUGAUAAGUAUUUAAGUGUUUAUUAAGUUGCUUGUUAAGUAACAAUUAUAAUCAACAUGAGUCCAGAACGAGAGUCAGAAGCGUCAGAAGAUAUGCUGGAGUCAAUAGACGAGUUGAAAGAACGUCUUUCCUCUAUGAAACGGAUGAUGGAAGAAAGAAAAGCAGCAGGCUCUGGCACUAAGGACCUAUUCCAGGGUCAGGCCAGGAGCCUCCGAGGGACCACCAUGAUUGAUGGAAAUUUUUUGAGUUUCGUCUUCGGGGGAUCAUUGGUAGUCAUUCUAAGUGUAUCCGUUUACGCUUUCUAUAAUCUAUACCAUGCCGUUUUAAAGAAAUUCCCCUCUACUCAUACGGAAUUGUAAAAUGGACAUAGUUCUGUGUGCGUUAUGAUUGAAUUUUAAAUGGGAAAUGGGUAUGGAAUGAUUGAUAUUGCGAGCAAUGUGAUAAGCGAGGCUUAUUUCAAUACAAUAAAGUUUUCA